AUGAGUGGAGUUAGCAGACGUAAGGACCGGAGAACUAAGACAGAUAUAUCGGGGAUUCCUCAGCAGAUGGAGAGUGACUGCGAGAUCUCAGAGGAGGUAGCUAGCAUCCCGGACUCAGCCAACACAGCGGGCAGCGCGGAGUUAGCCCAGUCAAAGCUAAUGCUAGAGGGACUAGCAAGGAUUAGCAACGAAAUACAGGAUAUGGGCACCAAGAUUCGCAGCGAGUUGACGGGGGCCAAAGACGAACUGAAGCAAGAAAUCACUUACCUUAGACAAGAAAUGGAUUGA